GUGCAAUCAACUCGACGGCGGCGGCCCGCUUUCUCCACGCUCCGUCGCUCCCGACGAGUCGACCCGCGUCGCGUCUGUCCCUCAAUCUUGAGACGUCGCCCGUUGCCGCCAUCAUGGCAAGCGCGGCGGCCGCGAUGGCCAGGACAGGGGGCUUGCCGUCAUGUUGAGAGACUUUCAAAAUCCUACUUCUGCUGAGAGAGCAUCAGGUCAUUGAGCUCCCUGCUGAGCUCCUGGCUGCCUAUCGCUCCAAUUGAGGUGCCUCAAUCCUUCUCCAUUGCCUGCGGUCCGUGCAUCGUCUCUUUCCUCCCGUCCUGCCGUCCCUUCUUCCGCCAGGCUUGUCCCGACUCAACUAUCCACUGGCUGGCUUAUACUCGCCCCUCUCUCCCUCACCUCGUCACCAUCACAUCAUCGCCCCCGCCAUGGAACACGGCACAACAUGUCACCUCUCGACCUGCCUCUCUCUCACCUUUCUGCCCCUCUCGUGCGCCUUCUGUCGUCAGGCCUUCUGCGAGUCGCAUUUCCUCCCUGCACAGCACGACUGUACCGCUCCGGGAGCGAAGGAGUCCUCUCGCACGCUGAGUGAGAGCGAGUUGGCAAAGAGGAUCCUGCGGACCUCGCAGAGGCAGAGAGGGGAGACAGGGGAAGGUGUAGGCGGGAUGGGCACGGGGAGGCUGCCCUGUCAGAGGAGAGGAUGUAAAGGGUUUAGCUUGGUGGUUGGGGGCAGUGUGGGCGGAGGGGAGGAGAGGAAGACGGGAUUGGCUGUCAGGAGUGGUGGAGAGAUGGUACAACACAAGGCGCCCAGCUGCGAGAGGUGUAAAGGGCUCUACUGUUCCAGCCACAUUGCGCCACGCUCGCACGACUGCACAGCACCUGCACCCGUGACCCAAGGCCAACAGAAGAUGGCAGACGCAGAGGAGCGAAAACGCAAGGCCAGAGAGAUCUUGGCAAAGAACUUCCCCUCCAGGUCAGGAGGGGCAGCAGCGAGCUCCAGUAAGAAGUGAUGCUGGUCAGCCAAAUCACUACGUAGCCAUCAAUCUCAUUGGAUACAAUGGAGAAG